CAGGUGUACAGAUUCUUCUCAGGUACUCAGUGCAGGAAUGGGUGGGAAUCUUCCUUCACAAUGGACACAUCUUCAGGUGUACAUACAGACCCAGGAAUUCAGCACAGGGAUGGUGGGAACCCCUCAUAAUGAGCACAGCAGGUGUGCAGACCUGGGACUUUUCCUCAGCACAGGGAUGGUAGAAACCCCUCAUUUUCAUUGGGAAACAGCAGGUGUACAGACCCAGGAAUUUAGCACAGGGAUGGUGGGAACUCCUCCUAAUCUUCAGAGUCAGGUGUUCUUCUUCUGGAACCUCACCACAGGGAUUUUUGUUCCAGGAUUACCUCCUUCAUAAUGGGCACAGCAGGUGUGCAUACCCAGAACCUCAGCACAGGGAUGGUGGGAACCCCUCACAA